CAUAACAGGAGUGAGGCUAGAAGUUCACAUGAAACUACACCACAACAUCAGUCAGCAAAAGACAAGUACAGACAGCCUUGGAAACAAAGCAGCUAUCCACACGCCAGUGAGUUAUCCACAACAGAUCUUAAAAUUAAGAAAAAGGGCCUAGAAAAGUGUAAAGUGUGUGGUGAGUUAUUUACUGCAGAUGAAGUGGUGCAUCAUAAAAAUAUACAUACAGGAAUCAAACCACACAUUUGCAUUCUCUGCAGACUGCAGUUUAACACAAAAACAAGACUCAAAAUACACAUGAAGUGCCACAAUGGCAAAAAAGAGUUCAGAUGUGAGGAAUGUGGGAAGGAAUGUCUUUCCAAGAAACUGCUGAAGCGUCACAUGGGCAGUCACAGUGAAGACCGUCCAUUCCAAUGUGAUAUCUGCAGUCGUAAGUUCAAAAGAUCAUAUGAAGUUACAAAACAUAAAAAGAUUCAUAAGGGUGAGAAGAACCACGUGUGUGAUGUUUGUGGCUAUGCGACAAUGCACAAAGCAUGCCUGGAGACUCAUCAGAAAAGGCACCUUCGUGAAUAUAUGUUCAAGUGUGAUGUUUGUGGUAAGGGUUUUUUCUCAAGUUUUGAAUUCCGAGAACAUAAGAACAUACACACAGGUGAAAAACCUUACAUGUGUGACAUCUGUGGGAAGGCCUACACAUCCAAGAACAGCCUCAUGGCUCACAAGAAAACUCAUGAGCCUGAUGCUAAGCCCACAGAAAAGGUUCACGAGUGUAAGAUGUGCAGUAAGAGCUUCAAAUAUCGGAAAUCUCUGUUAGUGCAUGUGAAAUCUCACGCAGGGGAAAAGUUUCUGUGUGACUUCUGUGGGAAGGCAUUCUCUACUAAAGACACAUUGAAACUUCACCGAAGAAAUCACACAGGAGAGAAAUCAAAUGUGUGCAAUGUGUGUGGUAAGGCAUUCAGUGUUCUCUACACUCUCAAAGUGCACCAACUCAUACACACAGGUGAAAAGCCCCAUACAUGUGACCAGUGUGGGAAAGCAUUCACACAACGUUCCACUCUAGUUGUCCACAAAAGAUCUCACACAGGACAAAAACCAUAUCAGUGCCAUAUCUGUAACAAGACAUUUGUAUCCAGAACACUCCUCAACCUACAUCUCAGGAGUCAUGGUGAUCAUGCUUAUUACAAGCAUAGUUAUUCUGUUGUGAAUUGGCCAACAAAUGGCAGAAAAGACCAGUCAGAGAGGCAGCGUAAGCGAAGCUGCAGGUUCAACAGGAAUGAGUCACAGCCACAUAUUGAGGAAAGAAGAGGCUCUUUGGUGUGUGAGUUCUGUGGGAAGAUUUGCAGCAAACGACAAAUAGGAGUACAUCGACAAACCCACUCAGGAGACAAACCUCAUCACUGUGUCAUAUGUGGGAAGACAUUCAUUAGCAGUGCACAGCAUAACUCUCACUUGAGGACCCACAACACCCUAAAGGAGUUCAAAUGUCAGACUUGUGGAAAAGUGUUUGCAUUAAACAGACGUUUACAAAUCCACAUGAAAAGUCAUAGUGAGGAGCGCCCAUACACAUGUGAUAUUUGUAACAAACGGUUUAAGCGUUCAUACUAUCUUAUUGAUCACAAGCGAAUUCACACAGGUGAGAAAGUUCAUGAGUGUGAUAUCUGUGGCUACUCAUGUAUUCAGAAGGUCCAUCUGGUGAAUCACAAGAAACGACACUUUAAUGAAUACAGAUUUGAAUGUGACAUAUGCAGCAAGGGUUUCCACACAAAUACAGAGCUACAGGGACACAAGAAUAUGCACACUGGAGACCGUCCAUAUCAGUGUGAUAUUUGUGGCAAAGCAUAUCCAUCUAAAACAAAUAUGAUGGGGCAUAAGCGAGCUCACCACCCAGACUCAAGGCAGGACCCCAAGCGCUAUCAGUGUGAGGCCUGCUGCAAGUCUUUCACAUACAAACGCUCUCUGCUGCUCCAUAUCUGGAGCCACACAGGGGAGAGCAAAUUUCUUUGUGAUAUAUGUGGCAAGGCCCUCACCAGUAAUGAGACUCUCAAGGCUCACUGUCGGAUCCACACAGGUGAGAAACCAAAUGUGUGCCCAGUGUGUGGUAAAGCAUUCAGUAAGGCAAGCUACCUCAAAAUGCAUCAGCUCACACACACUGGUGAGCGGCCCCAUCGUUGUAAUGAAUGUGAUAAGACAUUCACACAACGCUCGUCGCUUGUUAUUCAUCAGCGUUACCACACAGGACAGAGACCAUAUGAGUGUCAUAUCUGUAGUAAGGGUUUUGUGUCCAAAACUAUGCUUAAAACUCAUCAAAACACCCACAAUUUGUUUAGUCCUAACUCUUCUCCCUAAAAUCCAGUCUGCAUUGUAGAAAAUUUACUUUAAAACAAUAAUGGUCACAGACAUGUUACAUGUAUCCAGUAAGCAAUUAAGAUUUUUGUAUAGGCCUCUCAAUUAAAAAUGGGUAACUUAAUGAUUAUAUAAUA